GUCUUAUGAAAAAGCUGUGAUGGGAAACAGGAUUUCAUUUUUUCUCGCUUUCCUGCUUUGAAGGAUUCUAGUGACAAAACAGGUUCAUCAAGGUCAGCACUAUGACUGAUGGGGACUACGACUAUCUGAUCAAACUCCUGGCCCUUGGGGAUUCUGGGGUUGGGAAGACAACUUUCCUAUACAGAUACACAGACAACAAGUUCAAUCCAAAGUUCAUCACAACAGUAGGAAUCGACUUCCGGGAAAAGCGGGUGGUGUACAACAGCCGGGGCUCAAAUGGAUCUCCUGGGAAGGCCUUUAAGGUCCAUCUGCAGCUGUGGGACACAGCUGGGCAAGAAAGAUUCCGAAGUCUCACGACAGCAUUUUUCAGAGAUGCCAUGGGCUUCUUGUUAAUGUUUGAUCUCACCAGUCAACAGAGCUUCUUAAAUGUCAGGAACUGGAUGAGCCAACUACAAGCAAAUGCAUAUUGUGAGAACCCAGACAUAGUAUUAAUUGGAAAUAAAGCUGACCUGUCAGAUCAGAGGGAGGUCAAUGAAAGACAAGCGAAAGAUCUUGCAGACAAAUAUGGCAUUCCAUACUUUGAAACGAGUGCAGCGACUGGCCAAAACGUGGACAAAGCAGUGGAAAUGCUCUUGGACUUGAUAAUGAAACGUAUGGAACAGUGUGUUGACAAGACUCAAGUCUCCGACACGGCCAACGGGGGAAACUCGGGGAAGCUGGCUUCAGAAAAAUCGGAAGAGAAGAAGUGUGCCUGUUGAUUUGGUCAUUCGAGCUGAGGAGAACGGAUGAGAAAUUGCCCAACCAGAAAAGGCAGGUCAACGAGCCACAAAAUUCUACCCUGGAAGCUCCUGUAGCCCACGUGGGGGCAGCUGUUGUUGUCGUAAGCAAGCCUGGCUUUUUUCGAUGCUGAAAGAGUCAUGCUUCUGUGUUUGAACAGAUGCUCCUUUGCAGUGCCAUCUUCAUGGAAAACCCAAAGGCCCUCAUCUUCUCAAUACAAUUAGCCUAGUAAACAGAGGAAAGACUUCCUGAUCUUGGGGACAGGAUUGUUGAAACAUUAGGAGAUAGCUUUUAUGGGGUUACCCUUUAGGCCUGUGCCAUCACUUCGAAUCCGGUUGCCUUUUAUUACAGUGUACAUUAUGCAUUUGCUAAAGACCAUUUAUAAAAAAGAAACAAAAGGGUAUUUAAUGUGGCUUAUUUAUAAAUGUCUUUAUGUGUAUGUUUGUUUUUUAAUACCAAGCUGCCAUUGUGAAUACUUUUUAGCUGCCUGAGCUCCUGAUACGCUUAGAAUCCAGAAUAAGUUGGAGGGCUGUGUAAGGUUAAAGCUUGAUCAUCAAGAUUGGCAGGAUAUGGGCUAAGAAUGGAAGAAAUAGUAUGGUGAAAUUUUGGCUCUGUACUAAAAGGUAUUGCCUGUCCUUCAAACACCCAGGCCAACGUAUCAGCCCUGUCUCCUAAAAAUAUGUGCAAGGGUGUGAUGGGCACUUACCCCCGGAGACUUUAGAAUUGUGGCUUGUUUGUUUUUAAAUGGAGGCUCCUAUUCUUAGGGGAGAAAGAGAAAGGAGGGGUAUUUAUUAAGUUCCAUAUGAGUGCAGUUAGCUUUUCUAAUUAAUGCCCUUUUUCUCAUACUGUGGAUUUUUAUUUUUAUUUUACAAGUGGUUCACUUCGUAAUGUGAAACUGUGGUGAGUGUUGAUUUGGAAAACGGAGCACCGAAAGGCAUAAACCUUGAUGAAAUACAUAAUAUAUGGGCCGGCACUUUGAAGCAUUUAAAAUUUGAAAGAUAGGUAUAGGAAUAGAGAGGUGGAAGUAGGAAGGGUGAUUCUGUUUCUGUUGCUAUGGUGUCCAAUAAGGGCAUGUGUACUUUAGAGCCUAAUAUGAUAGGACAGUGAUGUAGUAAAAUGUAUCUUUUGAAAUUAAAAAAAAAAAAAUCAGCCACUUUCCUUCUGUUAUGUACCAUUCCUAUAUGAUGCCGCUUCAGAGUAGAGGAUCUGUUGGUGAAGUCAUAGAGCAACAUGGAUGGUUCCAAUGAGGCUAACCAGUUCUCACUGAAAAGGCUGAAGAAAUCUGGACCAACUCCACCCACCUCUUAAGAACCAUGUGCUCUUGGCUUUCUUCUUCAUCUUGACUGGAUUAUUGUGUUGUGAUCUCACGUAGAAAGAGGGUGGAAGGCAGGACUGGGCAUCCCUGUUAUGGAAAACGCUGAGAAACUGCCUGAUUAGUAACAACAUGGAGAGUUGGGAGAUGACAUUUAAAGAAGAAGCAAAAAGCAAAAGAAGAAUUUGGCAUGCAGCAUAGAUUGGCUUGCUUGCCUAAAUAAUUUGGUUAGAGUAUUCUGUGUUACUCUCUCUGAAAUCAGGCCCCGCCAUCUGUCACUCGUUCAGGAUCUCCACUGAAGCUGCCUUCUUGGAGGGCCCUCAGAUCCUGAAUCCAGCCUGAGGGGUGGUGGCGGCAGGGUGCAUAGGAGCACAUGGGCGGCAAGAUCUCUGGCACAGGAAAGCUGCUCACUGAAGCUGAAAAUGUGCGCUUGCAAGAUGGCGGCAGCUGCUGGAUUGCUGCAAGCGUGGAGUGUCUGUCUGACCACAGCAAGUAAUUGCCCUGCAAAGCAUCUAACAAAAUGACUUCUUC